ACACACUUGUCACCAUCUCUUUCCCGAAAUCUCAAACAGUUGUGUAUGUGUGAGUGUGUACUUUGUUCUUUUGUUUCUCUUUUUCUUUCGUGUCCACACAUAAACACAACCCAAACACUUUGUUUUUUUUUUUUUUCCUUUGCUUUUUUCUACUAUAAUGCACGAUUCCUUACGUCCUACAUAGGAUAUCUCUCCCCCUCUCUCAUGGAGUCUCUCCCAAUGACCACAAAAUAUCUUUCAUGCAAAUCAGCAUCAUCAUCAUCAUCAAGUGCAGUACUAGCUAAAUUCAAUCAUUUUAGAGUGAUUGGGCAAGUGGGUUUUGCUCCUUUGCGGAGGAGAAGGAGUGGAAGGGGGUGUUUGAGGCUUAGAGCCUCAGUUUCAGGUGAUACGAUUGGUGGUUCACAGGAUGGGCCUUCUGCUGUUGAGGAUGAAACGGAGAAGAAGGGUCUUAUUUUGGGUACAGAGAGGGAUGGCUCUGGCUCUGUCAUUGGGUUUCACCUGAUUCCUCAAUCUGGUGAAGUUGAAGUCAGUGGAGUCAACGACUCUUUCAAAGACAUAACUACUAAUAGCGUGGAAGAAGCUGUGGACAUAGAAGGAGAAGAGAAAGCCCAGACAAGAGUAACCCACAAUAUUGUUUUCGUUACUGCUGAAGCAGCACCAUAUUCAAAGACAGGUGGCUUAGGAGAUGUUUGUGGUUCUUUGCCUAUAGCAUUAGCAGCUCGUGGACACCGUGUUAUGGUUGUCUCUCCUAGAUAUCUGAAUGGUACUCCUGCAGAUAAGAAUUUUGCUAGUGCUGUUGAUUUAGAUUGCUGCAUCAAAAUAUAUUGCUUUGAAGGGGUGCAAGAAGUUGGUUUCUUCCAUGAGUAUAGAGCUGGCGUUGAUUGGGUAUUUGUUGACCAUCCAUCAUACCAUAGACCUGGAAACCCAUAUGGGGAUAAACAUGGUGCUUUUGGUGAUAAUCAGUUUAGGUUCACUUUACUUGGUCAUGCAGCAUGUGAAGCACCAUUAGUACUUCCAUUGGGAGGGUUCACUUAUGGGGAGAAAUGUCUGUUCCUUGUCAAUGACUGGCAUGCAAGCCUUGUGCCAGUGCUUUUGGCAGGCAAGUAUCGUCCGUAUGGGGUUUAUAAAGAUGCCAGAAGUAUCCUUGUAAUCCAUAACCUUUCACAUCAGGGAGUGGAACCAGCUGUAACAUACAAGAAUUUGGGACUACCUCCAGAGUGGUAUGAAGCCGUUGAGUGGGUAUUUCCAACAUGGGCAAGGGCACAUGCUCUUGACACAGGUCAAGCAGUCAAUCUUCUGAAGGGUGCAAUUGUGACAGCUGAUCGAUUACUGACAGUUAGCCAGGGCUAUGCCUGGGAAAUAACAACAGUUGAGGGCGGAUAUGGUCUACAUGGGCUACUAAGCAGUCGGAAGAGUGUUCUUAAUGGAAUCACAAAUGGCAUUGAUGUUGCUGAAUGGGACCCAUCUUCAGAUGAGCAUAUUGCUUGCAAUUAUUCUGUUGAAAAUCUUCGUGACAAGGUUCAAUGCAAGAUUGACUUGCAGAAAGAAUUGGGUCUUCCCAUUAGGCCUGAUUGCCCCAUGAUUGGAUUUAUUGGGAGGCUGGACUACCAGAAAGGCAUCGACCUGAUCAGGUUGGCAAUGCCUGAGAUAAUGGAAGAUGAUGUACAAUUUGUUAUGCUUGGCUCUGGGAAUCCGCAGUAUGAAGACUGGAUGAGAGAAACAGAGUCAGUUUACAAGGACAAAUUUCGGGGUUGGGUUGGAUUUAAUGUUCCAAUUUCUCAUAAGAUAACUGCAGGAUGUGACAUACUGUUGAUGCCCUCAAGGUUUGAGCCCUGCGGUCUAAAUCAAUUGUACGCUAUGCGAUAUGGAACUGUGCCAGUGGUUCAUGACACUGGGGGACUCAAAGAUACUGUAAAGAAUUUCAAUCCAUAUGCUCAGGAAGGCAGUGGUGAUGGUACAGGGUGGGCUUUUUCUCCACUAACAAAAGAGAGUAUGUUGGUGGCUUUAAAAAAUGCUGCUCUCACUUAUAGAGAUCACAAAUCUUCUUGGGAGGGAUUGAUGAAAAGAGGCAUGCAGAGGAACUGCACAUGGGAAAAUGCUGCCAUUCAAUAUGAACAAGUGUUUGAAUGGGCCUGCUUUGAUCCACCUUAUGUCAACUGAAGUGAAAAGAUAAGAAAGAAAGAAAAAGAAAAAAUGAGAAAGCCCAACCUUUUCAUUGGUUAAGUCUUUUUAUGGAACCUGUUCAAUGUCAUAUAUUAGGUUGGAAACUACACGUGCGAAACUUUUUUUUCCUUCCACUUGCAAGGUGGAACGAAUUUUUACUAGAAUUUUGUUCAUUCUUUUUGUUGAGAGGGUAUAACUUAUAUUACAAUUGCACCCAUCUUCUAUAUAGAAUAAGAUUGCUGUUGUAUCA